AUGACCAUGAAGCAGUCCUCCACCGAGGCUGAUGCAGACACAGCUGCGGACCGUCGUCCGAAGAGAGGCUCCACAGUCAUUCAGCAGCCGGCGAACGGGGUGUUUCCAGAUCCAGACUCUGUGAAGGAGGCGGUUCGAGAUCUCCUCGAGCAGAAGAAGUACAAUGUCCAAGACUUCUACAAGACAGAUGGCAUGUUUCAGCGAAUAGCGCGCAGCCCGCUCUUUGAUUACUGCACGCUUUGUAUGAUAAUUUUCAAUGCUCUGUGGAUCGCGAUAGACACCGACAACAAUGACAAAGACCUAUUGAUACAUGCUCGGCCGGAGUUUCUGAUAAUGGAGAGUCUUCGCUCGCAACAAUGCUGUUUGAACUUUGGUUUGGUUCUUGCAUGA